GUAGGGUAGGGGUUUGGCCAUUUGAAAAGCAAGGAUUAUAAGCUCAAAAGCCCGAAACUCUGAAACGAAAACAUCCAUUUGCUCAAUGGCCAUUAUCGCUUCUUCAUCAUCUUCCUCUCUUAGCUUCACUUGUUCUUUCCCUUCCUCUCAAUUCCUCUCCCGAUCCAAAGUUAGUACCCGUCCCUUUCCUCCUCCUAUCUUGUCAAUCCCUCGUCUGACCUCAAGAAGAACACCCAACUUAUCCCUAUCUCUCACCACCGCGGCGGCCAAGGGCGGCGGACAAAAUGCGGUGCCCUCUAAAAACCCAAGAGAAAACAAGAAGGAAGUAGCUGAAGAAGAGGAAGUGGAGGUCGAGGAGGAACUGCCCUGGAUUCAAGAGAAGGCAUUGGACCUCGUUGAGUUCACCGGUUCCGUUACUCAAGCCAUUCCUGGACCCAGAGUUGGCACCAGCUCUUUGCCUUGGAUCCUUGCUGUUCCUCUAGCCUAUGCCGGUGUCACUUUUGUUAUUGCUUUUGUCAAGACUGUUAAGAAAUUCACUUCUCCCAGGCACAAAAGAAAGAAAUUGGUUAAUAAAAAUGCAAUACUUUGCAAAUCAAUCGACGAGUUGUUUCAGCAAGGAAGUGAUGCCGUAGAUCAAUCAACAUUAAAGGGAUUAGCGCAAAAGACAGGCUUUAGCGUGGAGGAGAUUCUGCGCAAGUACAUUAGGUAUUCAUUGAAUGAGAAACCAUGGAGUGCAGAUUUGGUUGCUAGCUUAAUCCAGCUGAGGAAAUCUUCAAUGCUUGACGAUUCUCAAGUUGCUGAAAUUUUAAAUGAAAUAUCAAAACGAAUUGUUCGCGAAAAAGGCCCGGUUGUAAUGGACAUGUCAGGGUUUACAGAGAAAGGAUUUAAGAGGAAACUUGCUGUGCAAAGCCUAUUUGGGAAGGUUUUAUAUCUGUCCGAGUUGCCGGAGUUCUGCUCGAGGGAUAGUUCCUUAAUUGUCAAAGAAAUAUUCGGGGUUACAGAUGAGGACGUGGAAAAACUCCGGCUACACACAUUUUCCGAAGCCGGGGAUAUGGAGUCUCUUGAGAAGAUGGUUGACGGUUCCGAUUCAAAAGAUGCUAGUGAGAAUUCAUCUAAUGCUGCUUAAUGCCAUUGAUGGCAUUGCAAUUCAUCAUUGGUUUAGGUGCAGAGAAAAUUGAGGAUUACCUCAAUAAAUUUUGUAUAAUGUUCAAAUGAACUUCAAACUGGUGUAAGAAUUCUGAUAGCUUUUACAUCUUGAAAUUGCUACAGACGCAUUCAUUUAUAAA